UGACUACGUGUCUCAGUCUCAGCCCCUCCCAUGUAUUAUCUGUGUUCCUGUGUAUAAGGACUCCUAUGACUACGUGUCUCAGUCUCAGCCCCUCCCAUGUAUUAUCUGUGUUCCUCUGUAUGAGGAUUCCUAUGACUACGUGUCUCAGUCUCAGCCCCUCCCUGUGUAGGAAUGUACAGAACUGGUUAAUGAGUGUCAGAGACUUUAGUGUCAUUUCUCUCUUCUGCUCUCAGCGAUGGCGUCUGCUGAUCUGAGGAAGGAGCUGGAAUGUUCCGUCUGUCUGAACAUUUAUACAGAUCCUGUGACCCUGAAAUGUGGUCACAACUUCUGCCGGGACUGUAUUGGUCGUGUGUGGGAUACACAGGAGGGGUCUGGAGGUUAUUCCUGUCCUGAAUGUAGAGAAGAGUUCCAGGAUCGGCCUGCACUGCACAGGAACAUAACACUGCGUAACAUAGUGGAGAAUUUCCUGUCCACCCAUCCAGAUCAGGAGGAGUCCGGGGUCUUCUGUACUUACUGUAUUCACACUCCUGUACCUGCUGUCAUAUCCUGUCUGCAUUGUGAAGCUUCUCUGUGUGACAAUCACCUGAGAGUCCACAGCAAGUCACCAGAACACGUCUUAUGUGACCCCACCACCACUUCCCUGGAGAACAGGAAAUGCUCCGUCCAUAAGAAGAUCCUGGAGUAUUACUGCACUGAGGACUCCUCCUGUAUCUGUGUGUCCUGCAGUUUGGCGGGAGAACAUCGGGGACACCAGGUGGAGACUCUGGAUGAGGCCUCUGAGAUGAAGAAGAAGAAACUGAGGAAUGUUCUGCAGAAACUGAUGACAGAGAGAGAGGAGAUGGAGAAAAGAGUCCAGAGUCUGGAGGAGCACAGGAGGAAAGUACAAGGAAAAGCAGAUGAUGAAACAGAGAGAGUCACUGUCCUGUUCAGAGACCUCAGGAGACGUCUGGAAGACCUGGAGAAGAGAGUCCUGAGGGAGAUCUCCGGGCAGGCAGAGCGGAUCUCCGUGUUAAUCAAUGAUCUGCUCCAGGAUCUGGAAAUAAAGAAGGAGGAGCUGUCCAGGAAGAUUGGGGACAUUGAGGAGCUGUGUAACAUGACGGAUCCACUGACUGUCCUCCAGGAAUCAGACACAGGUGACUUGUGUGAUACUGAGGAUGAUGAGGAGAGAGAGAGACGUGAUAAUCUCCUCCAUGAUGGAGGGGAUCUGGAUGUGGCGGGGAUCUCACACACAUUACACACAGGUUUAUCUGAUAUCAUGUCUGGGGGAAAUGUAGAGAAAUGUACAGGCACACAUGUCUAUCCACACUCUACUACAGGGGGCAAAGGUCACACCAAUGCUGAACCAUGCAGACCACACCCCCAACCCUACACCACCAUACAACCAUCCGGGCCACACCCCCAACCCUCCUCCACCAUACAACCAUUCAGACCAGACCCCCAACCCUCCCCCACCAUACAACCAUCCAGACCACAGACCCAACCCUCCCCCACCAUACAACCAUCCAGACCACACCCCCAACCCUCCCCCACCAUACAACCAUCCAGACCACACCCCCAACCCUCCCCCACCAUACAACCAUCCAGGCCACACCCCCAACCCUCCCCCACCAUACAACACUCACACCUCCAGGCUGGAGGACCAAAUAUUGGGGCUGUACAGCAAACAUCGGGGGUGUCGGGGGUUACAGACAUAUUACUGGAUGUGAGGACAGCUGGUAAUUUUCUCCAUAUAUCAGAUGACAGGAAAACUGCAUCCAAAUCAUCAUCACAUCAGAAUCGCCCAGAAACACCAGAGAGAUUUGAGUAUUCUCAGGUGAUGAGCAGUCAGAGGUUCUCCUCAGGGAGACAUUACUGGGAAGUGGAUGUCGGGGGGUCAUUGUUCUGGAGAGUCGGGAUGUGUUACCCCAGUAUAGACAGGAGAGGAGAUCAGACACUGAUUGGAUAUAAUAAGAAGUCCUGGGGUGUGGAGAGGUGGGGGGGUAAUCAGUACUCAGUGAUACAUGACAGUAAUCAGAUCCCAUUACCCGGCGGUGUCUCCAGUAAGAGAGUCAGGAUAGAUCUGGAUUAUGAGGCCGGGCGGAUCUCCUUUUAUGAUCUGUGUGACCCGAUCCGACAUCUCCACACCUUCACCACCACCUUCACUGAGCCCCUCCAUGCUGGGGUAUAUGUAGGGGGAUGGGGAUGGGAAGGUUCCUGUAUAAAGAUAUGUGGGGGGAAUCAGAAGUAUUCUCCCAGGGAUAUCACAGCCCUCAGGACGGGUCUUACUCCUCCAGGAACAAGAGAGAGACGUUCCAAGCCCCGGCCUAUUUAUACCCCUCUCAGCCCCCUGCUGGUCACUCACUCUCCUGACCAGGGAUUGGCUGAAGAGGAUUCCUAUGACUACGUGUCUCAGUCUCAGCCCCUCCCAUGUAUUAUCUGUGUUCCUCUGUAUAAGGAUUCCUAUGACUACGUGUCUCAGUCUCAGCCCCUCCCAUGUAUUAUCUGUGUUCCUGUGUAUAAGGACUCCUAUGACUACGUGUCUCAGUCUCAGCCCCUCCCAUGUAUUAUCUGUGUUCCUCUGUAUAAGGAUUCCUAUGACUACGUGUCUCAGUCUCAGCCCCUCCCAUGUAUUAUCUGUGUUCCUCUGUAUAAGGAUUCCUAUGACUACAUGUCUCAGUCUCAGCCCCUCCCAUGUAUUAUCUGUGUUCCUGUGUAUAAGGAUUCCUAUGACUACGAGGAUUCCUAUGACUACGUGUCUCAGUCUCAGCCCCUCCCAUGUAUUAUCUGUGUUCCUCUGUAUAAGGAUUCCUAUGACUACGUGUCUCAGUCUCAACCCCUCCCAUGUAUUAUCUGUGUUCCUCUGUAUAAGGAUUCCUAUGACUACGUGUCUCAGUCUCAGCCCCUCCCAUGUAUUAUCUGUGUUCCUGUGUAUAAGGAUUCCUAUGACUACGUGUCUCAGUCUCAGCCCCUCCCAUCAAUGGCGUCUGCUGAUCUGAGGAAGGAGCUGGAAUGUUCCGUCUGUCUGAACAUUUAUACAGAUCCUGUGACCCUGAAAUGUGGACACAACUUCUGCCGGGACUAUGUACUUUCUGUGUGUCUUCAGGAGGCGGGGCCAGAGGUCCCCCAGCCCAAUCAGGAGCCAGGAGCCCACAAAGAACAUCCUUGGUGUUUCAGGUAUUCUCCCAGGGAUAUCACAGCCCUCAGGACGGGUCUUACUCCUCCAGGAACAAGAGAGAGACGUUCCAAGCCCCGGCCUAUUUAUACCCCUCUCAGCCCCCUGCUGGUCACUCACUCUCCUGACCAGGGAUUGGCUGAAGAGGAUUCCUAUGACUACGUGUCUCAGUCUCAGCCCCUCCCAUGUAUUAUCUUUGUUCCUCUGUAUAAGGAUUCCUAUGACUACGUGUCUCAGUCUCAGCCCCUCCCAUGUAUUAUCUGUGUUCCUCUGUAUGAGGAUUCCUAUGACUACGUGUCUCAGUCUCAGCCCCUCCCAUGUAUUAUCUGUGUUCCUCUGUAUAAGGAUUCCUAUGACUACGUGUCUCAGUCUCAGCCCCUCCCAUGUAUUAUCUGUGUUCCUCUGUAUAAGGAUUCCUAUGACUACGUGUCUCAGUCUCAGUCCCUCCCAUGUAUUAUCUGUGUUCCUGUGUAUGAGGAUUCCUAUGACUACGUGUCUCAGUCUCAGCCCCUCCCAUGUAUUAUCUGUGUUCCUGUGUAUAAGGAUUCCUAUGACUACGUGUCUCAGUCUCAGCCCCUCCCUUGUCAUUUCUCUCUUCUGCUCUCAGCGAUGGCGUCUGCUGAUCUGAGGAAGGAGCUGGAAUGUUGCGUCUGUCUGAACAUUUAUACAGAUCCUGUGACCCUGAAAUGUGGUCACAACUUCUGCCGGGACUGUAUUGGUCGUGUGUUGGAUACACAGGAGGGGUCUGGAGGUUAUUCCUGUCCUGAAUGUAGAGAAGAGUUCCAGGAUCGGCCUGCACUGCACAAGAACAUAACACUACGUAACAUAGUGGAGAAUUUCCUGUCCACCCAUCCAGAUCAGGAGGAGUCCGGGGUCUUCUGUACUUACUGUAUUCACACUCCUGUACCUGCUGUCAUAUCCUGUCUGAUGUGUGACGCUUCUCUGUGUGACAAUCACCUGAGAGUCCACAGCAAGUCACCAGAACACGUCUUAUGUGACCCCACCACUUCCCUGGAGAACAGGAAAUGCUCCGUCCAUAAGAAGAUCCUGGAGUAUUACUGCACUGAGGACUCCUCCUGUAUCUGUGUGUCCUGCAGGCUGGAUGGAGAACAUCGGGGACACCAGGUGGAGACUCUGGAUGAGGCCUCUGAGAUGAAGAAGAAACUGAGGAAAGUUCUGCAGAAACUGGUGACAGAGAGAGAGGAGAUGGAGAAAAGAGUCCAGAGUCUGGAGGAGCACAGGAGGAAAGUACAAGGAAAAGCAGAUGAUGAAACAGAGAGAGUCACUGUCCUGUUCAGAGACCUCAGGAGACGUCUGGAAGACCUGGAGAAGAGAGUCCUGAGGGAGAUCUCCGGGCAGGCAGAGCGGAUCUCCGUGUUAAUCAAUGAUCUGCUCCAGAAUCUGGAAAUAAAGAAGGAGGAGCUGUCCAGGAAGAUGCAGGACAUUGAGGAGCUGUGUAACAUGACGGAUCCACUGACUGUCCUCCAGGAAUCAGACACAGGUGACUUGUGUGAUACUGAGGAUGAUGAGGAGGACAGAGAGAGACGUGAUAAUCUCCUCCAUGAUGGAGGGGAUCUGGAUGUGGCGGGGAUCUCACACACAUUACACACAGGUUUAUCUGAUAUCAUGUCUGGGGGAAAUGUAGAGAAAUGUACAGGCACACAUGUCUAUCCACGCUCUACUACAGGGGGCAAAGGUCACACCAAUGCUGAACCAUCCAGACCACACCCACAACUCUCCCCCACCAUACAACCAUCCAGGCCACACCCCCAACCCUCCCCCACCAUACAACCAUCCAGACCACACCCCAAACCCUCCCCCACCAUACAACCAUCCAGGCCAUACCCCCAGCCCUCCCCCACCGUACAACCAUUCAGGCCACACCCCCAAACCUCCCCCAUCAUACAACCAUCCAGACCACACCCCCAAGCCUCCCCCACCAUACAACCCUCACACCUCCAGGCUGGAGGACCAAAUAUUGGGGCUGUACAGCAAACAUCGGGGGUGUCGGGGGUUACAGACAUAUUACUGGAUGUGAGGACAGCUGCUAAUCGUCUCCAUAUAUCAGAUGACAGGAAAACUGCAUCCUUCUCAUCAUCAUCACAUCAGAAUCGCCCAGAAACACCAGAGAGAUUUCUGUGUCCUCAGGUGAUGAGCAGUCAGAGGUUCUCCUCAGGGAGACAUUACUGGGAAGUGGAUGUCGGGGGGUCAUGGAACUGGAGAGUCGGGAUGUGUUACCCCAGUAUAGACAGGAGAGGAGAGCAGUCAGGGAUUGGAUGUAAUAAGAAGUCCUGGUGUUUGGAGAGGUGGGGUACUCAGUACUCAGUGAUACAUGACAGUAAUAAGAUCCCAUUACCCGGCGGAGUCUCCAGUAAGAGAGUCAGGAUAGAUCUGGAUUAUGAGGCCGGGCGGAUCUCCUUUUAUGAUCUGUGUGACCCGAUCCGACAUCUCCACACCUUCACCACCACCUUCACUGAGCCCCUCCAUGCUGGGGGAUGGGUAGGGAGAGGUUGUAUAAAGAUAUGUGGGGGGAAUCAGAAGUGAGAGAUCUGCCCGGAGACAUCACAAGGUGGAUUAUCUGAUUGGUGAUUGGUGCAAUACUCAUCCAAUAGGAGGAAGCAGAGGACAGGAAACAUGACUGAUUUAUUUAUAAAGCUGCAGGUUCCGGGGCCGUCAUCUUCAUCCUAAACCUCACUUCACUACCUAGUGUGUCACUGACCAGGAACAAGCAUGCAGGAGGGCAGAUUGUUCAGCCUUCACUGGCUGCAUGCUUGUUCUGGGUCAGUGACACACUACAUAGUGUAGCCAGGAUCAGGAGGACGGCCCUGGGGUCUCCACCAUCACUGUGUAUCUAUAGAAGAAAGAGUGUUUAAGCUUUGGAUGGAGUGGGGGAGGGUUAGAACCUCUGUCAGAUUUAUUUCCUGCUAUCUGGGGCUCCUUUAUAGAGAUUCCCCCUCACUUCCUGUCCUGAUGACAACAUUUCACCAGACAGGAAGUGAGGGGAACUCUCCAACAGCAACACA